GCCGUUCCUGAGAACUUUUCCCUUCAUCAUUCUGCAUCAUUGCCAUGAGAUGAGGCGCUAUGGCAGGUGAUUUCCCGAACCAUCAGGGCUAUGCGGGAGUUACCUCGCACUUCCCGGCAUCCGGCUGGGCACGUGCGGAACUGGCCCUCAACCAGGACAAGAGCAGGCUGCAGCUGAGACGCAGCGGCAGCCCUGUGAAUCAGGCGAGAUCCUUCAAGUUCACCGCCUGUGCAGUGUCCGAUGCCCCGGGGGCCUUGUCGCCUCGCUCUGCGGCGAUUGUGCCGGGGCGCAGGAGUAACAGCCCCGUGUUGCGGGGCCUCAAAGUGGGAGAGAUCAUCAGCGUGCUCAGGGAUCGCAGCCCUGAUGGAAGUGCUGCGACACAAACACCAGGUGCUUCUGAAUCCAUGGUUUGGCCCCAUCGCCGGGGAGAUGAGAAUCUCAUUGCGAAGAUCCCAGGGUUCGCCACCAGGGCCAGCGGCUUCCAGUUGGGCCGCUUGGAGCGUCGUGCACGCUCUGC